AUGACCGUGGAGAUGGAGAAGCUGGAACUGCGGAAGAAGGAAGUCGAAACUGAAAAUGCACGAAUAGUGGAAGAAAACCGUGGCCUACUCGAUCAGCUGGAGAAGUUGAAUCAACUCCUCACAGAAUCAGAUGCACAAGUUAGGACCUUGACCACCACCCUGCAAAGUACACAGCUGGAGGUUAGACGGUUGUCGUCUUCCACCAAGCGUGUGGAACAGCUAGAGGAACAACUACUUCAACUAGAGAAUGAACAGGCACAGCUGGAGGAAACCCUGCUUGUAACGCAGGAAAGCGAGAGUGCGGCCAUUCAGCGAUGGAGAAAGGCGGAAUGCACUCUGGGGGACCUACAUGACCAACUUGAUCGAAUCGAAAGGGAAGCACGGCAAGAACGCGAGAAACAUGUUGAGAUGAUUGGGAGAUUGGAACGAAGGAGAUUGGUGGAGAGAGAUUUGGAUGCAGCUGCAGGUCGGAUAAAGGGGGCCGCAGCUACUGCCUCACUAUCACGUAGCGGAAAUGGAACGAACGUGGUGUCCCAUUUCGUGCGUGAUAUUCUGAAGGAUAACGCAAACCUCCAACAAUGUGUUACCGAGCUGAAAGAGAUGCUUCAUAACUCCAACGAGGACGUACGAUAUCUCCGUGAUCAACUUCAACUUCACCAACCCCUCGCUCCCAGCUCUAUAGAAGAAUAUGCCUACGGCAACCUUGUUCCUCUCAGCGAAGAGCUCGAAGACAAAGCGCCGGAACAGGUGCCUCAGGAAAUCCAUGUGCAUCAUCAUUUCCAUAACCCAAUAUCGACACCACCGAGGAGAGAGAAACAGAUCCCUAUACAUCGACGUCAAAAGAAAAGACGGCCAGUUCUACCUCCGACUCUUCAUGAGAUCUCUCCAAGGGCGCUGUCAAUGACGCAGUCCAUGCAUCGACCCACCAACUCGACGUCUUCAGUCUCUAGUACCUUCUCACAGGCUUCAACUUCACUACCACAUCACGGAGUGACGUCAGCCCUAUCCUCCAUCCCCAGUUCCCCGCUUUCAGGGUAUAGAACAUCAUCCAUAUUUGACCGGCAUGAUUCUGGCUUUGAUUCGUCUCGACCUACCAGCCCGGAGAGUGUGGUCUUCUCACCCCCACGAUACAAACCAAGCCACCGCCCGAAACUUUCUGAUGCCUCAUUUCGUUCUAUUUACGAAACUGAUGAGUACGAGAGGAGCGAAACUCGUACGUUAGCGAUUGAAGGAAUUACCGAUCCUCAGCCAGAAACGGAAAACUCUCAACCAUCUGAAUAUAACAGCACAAACAACAGCCCCGUCGAAGAAUUGCCGGACUCACAGCAGAAAAAUGAAGACCCCAAACCGCAAGAAUGUGACGACACGGACAACGGUCCUAUUGAGAAGACGGCAGAAAAUUCCAACGUAUCUAACCAGUCGCACAAAGAUACAGUGGAACCCCACCUUGAUCCCCCAAUUCAUCUUUCGUCAACACCUACCCAUCGAAUACGGCGUUCUGAUUCCCACGAAAGUCUCAUUUCUGUCUCCGGCAUGGAUAUACAUACGUCAAGUAAACCUCCCAGCUUGGCGUUAAUGUCUGCCCCAAGGUUUUUUCCAAGAACUCCAAAGCGUGUAUCAUAUACUGGUACAAUAUUCCCUUCCCCCGCCCCGGUUAUCUCGAAGACGAACGCGAUUGUGACUAAAGCGUCCUUGACCGGUGACCAAACGUCGAUUUCCUUGCUUUCUUCCGUUGUGUCUACAAGUACCAGAAACCUCCGAAUCGUCUCGGAUAGUGCCGUUCAAACUCAGAGCGAUACGGCAUCUACCAUUUCAGCAUCAUCAGAGCCCACGUUACCUUCCAAGGCCGGAGUACCUAUCCGAGGUGUCGGUAUUGGGAAGCGUAUGGGUGGCUGGGUACGGGAUAAGUGGUCCACAAACGCAGCUGAUGAGGUGGGUGGAUAUCCAUCCUCACUUCCUGCGGGAUCGUUUAUGGCAAGACCACCGGGCGUCAAUCAGAUUGGCCCAAUACUUGGAUUACGCCCUCCUCCACCAGCACCAGUAUCACUCCACCCAGAAAAUCUGAACCAAGAUCUACUACAAGAGUCUCUACUCGAAUAA